UUAAAAGCAGUUGGCAACGCUGGACUGGUCUCCAAGGGAGACGGAGACUGUUGAACCUGCUUUGGCACCGUACCACUUUCCUGAAUCGGGCUGUAACUUCAGACGGGAUCCGAAAGUAUCUCCGUACUCAGCUCCGUACGUUUUCCUUCAUAAAGAAACUAUCGAAGUGGAGAGCGAACAUGUUUUCAAGUUAGCCGCUUUCGCGCUGCAGGAGGCCAAAGGAGAAUACACCAGCUUGUUGGUUUAGAACACAACAAAGUGGCUGAAAGCGUGAAGCGUCAUUGGUCGUGGUAGAAGUCUUCCAGUAGAGACGAGCAGUUCUCAGUCAUGGCCCUGCGCAUCAUACGUGGAAUGGGAGACCUGGUGGCAUCGGGCAGCAAGGUUGUUUGGAGCCUGGCUCAUCAGACACUGAGAUGGUUGUACAAGCAUUGGCUGAUGCCAUGCAGGCGCCUCCUGGAGUCCUGGUUCAGGAUAGGAAAGUGCUACCAGGCGAACAUGACCACUAGCAGGAGCUCCGGAGAAAUCGCCGUGGACCUGACGGAGAUCACCGCCCCACGGAUCAGUAAACUCAUCGAGAGCAAAGAUCCUCUGAUAAUGGCCAGCAAUGGAAGCCUCAUCUCCACUGGUUCUGUUGACUCUGAAGUCACGGAGGAACAGAAGAAGGAGAAGAUUGCUGAAUUAAAAAAAAAGGAGAAGGACCUUCAGGACAAGCUGACGCAGAAACUUGAAGAACUCAAAAAGAUCUGCUUGAGAGAAGCUGAGUUGACAGGCAAACUGCCUAAAGAGUAUCCCAUAUCCACUGGUGAGAAGGCCCCUCCAGUGCGGCGGCGUGUUGGGACGGCCUUUAAACUGGAUGACAUGUUCCCUUAUGAUGAGGACCCACAUCUUGGGAAUCUGGAAAGCAGGAUUGCGUUGCAGCGGAAGAUCGUAGAGGCGGCCAAUAAGCUCGCCUGUGAAGGCCCAUCUCGGCAAAAUGGUGAAAAAGAAGAGGAAGGACAACCUUAAGGAUGCUUUAAGGAAGCUGGAGCAGAUCGAGCGGGAGAUAAAUGCUUACAGGAAAACCAAAGGAAAAAACCCACUCAGAGAGCCUCGUCGAUCCUAGCAGGUACAGUCCAGGACACGACGGUCAAGAAGUGAAAUCUUCACGAUCGGAUGAUUUUUAUCAAUAAAUAGACGAGAUGUAAAUGA